AAGGAAGGGAGCGCUGGAACGCCGGCGUUGACCGCAGCGACAUCGUUGACCCAGUGGGAAGAAGGCAGCGGUGAGGGCGGCUGGCCCUUAUCCUCUGUACCCUGGCUGGCGGUUAGAGGCGGAGCCGGCGGCCUAGGGCAACCCUAGGGAGUACUCAGGUGCAGAAGGUAGUGCCGGCAGUGACCGGUGAGGUCUGAGGACGGCGGGCUGCCCCAGCUGGACAUUUAAAAUUGUUUAGAGUCAACACUUUGAUUUCGGCCAUGGGUUUGUCACCAUCUACUCCUGCUGUUGCAGUUCAGACCUCAGAUGUUUCAGAUCAUCAGACAGCAUCUCCACCUUCAAGAUGCCCAAUGCAUAGAAGGAGCACUCAAGGCUGUCCAGUAAGUGUGGAACCAUCUGGUCCAAGCAGUGACAGCAAAACAUCCUCUGUGCCUGCCCACCAGGAUCGAGCAUACGAAUACGUCAAAUGCCCCAUUUUGGCUGCUAGGGCCAAUAAGGAGAACCUGGAUCCUUCAAAUCUGAUGCCACCACCUAAUCAAACACCGGCCCCAGAUCAGCCAUUUGCUUUGUCUACCGUCAGAGAAGAAUCAUCCAUUCCAAGGGCAGAUUCUGAGAAAAAGUGGGUUUAUCCUUCCGAACAGAUGUUCUGGAAUGCGAUGUUAAGGAAAGGGUGGAAGUGGAAGGAUGAGGAUAUUAGUCAGAAAGAUAUGUGUAAUAUCAUUAAGAUUCACAAUCAGAAUAAUGAACAGGCCUGGAAGGAGAUUUUGAAGUGGGAAGCCCUUCAUGCUGCGGAGUGUCCUUGUGGUCCAUCAUUGAUCCGAUUUGGAGGGAAGGCAAAGCAGUAUUCACCAAGGGCAAGAAUUCGUUCCUGGAUGGGGUACGAGUUGCCUUUUGACAGGCACGAUUGGAUCAUCAACCGCUGCGGGACAGAAGUUAGAUACGUGAUUGAUUACUAUGACAGUGGCGAAGUGAACAGGGACUACCAGUUCACCAUCCUGGAUGUGCGUCCUGCCUUAGAUUCACUUUCAGCUGUAUGGGACAGGAUGAAGGUCGCUUGGUGGCGCUGGACUUCGUAACCACUGUUUUGUUUGUGAUGGAAAAGCAUAAACUUUUUUCUUUCCUGAGAGGUACAUUAAACUAUUUCCCCUAAACUGAAUUCCACUCAUGAUGUAAGGAGCAUGCACUUCAAGUGGGCAGUCACACUUCAUCCUUCACUUGGCGAGGGAUACCAUGCUCCAUUAACCUUUGAGUCACAUUUUGCCUAGUGGUUUAUAGCAGACCAUUUUAAGCUUUCCUCCCCCUUCAUUUAAGUGGGAAGCAGUCCCUUGGAUUUUCCUUUAACUGCACUGUUGCCUGUGUAGUUCAUCUAAAAAAGUCUUACCUCUGUAAAAGAGCUUUUGAAAAGUAUUGAGAGUUGUCUUGUUUUUUCAGAAAUGAGAUGUAAAACCUGAAAGUGCAAUGUUCAGGAGCUUUUACCUGGACAAAUAUUUUAACUAAAACUUAGAAAUAAGACCUAGUUAUGCUUUUUUAAAAAUUCCCCUGCAUUUCUAAAGUUCCUACAAUUUAGUAGGAACAAAUUGCAAAAAUAUACCCUGGAAAAGUAUUCAGCAAGAAUAAGCAUGUCUUAGCUCUCCAAAUUCCCAUUUGUAUGAAUUUUUCAGACUGGACCUUGUUACAGAAAUUUCAACUCACCAUGAAGUGAUAAUGCAUAUAUUUUGGAAUACAUAUUUUAACUUUUUAAGUUUUUCCUUUUAGGAAUUCCUAUAAUUCUAAUUUGUAAGUCUGCUUCCCCAAAAGCAGGUAUCCCCAUUGUCCCUGGCUUUUGACAAGUCGUCCCAAAUUCGAGUCCCAUUCCUUCCCAGGCUGGGAGCUUUCCAGUCGGCCUAAUCCAAACCCUGAGAGCCUGGCUUAAGUCACAGCGCCAGUACUGAUCCCUCUCUAAUACGUGAUUAUAUUUGGCUGUGUUAAAAUUCACAAGAAGAGAAUUUUUUUCUCAGAUGUAGAGUAUUUGCAUCAAUUCAGUGUCUGGAUUUUUUUGUUUGUUUUAGGGACUCUCUAAAUUUGCUGUUGGAAUUCUUUGUUUCAGUAACCCAUGGACUGGUUCUAUUUAUAGCAGCAUGUUACAAAUGACUGGUUUUUCUUCAGUGUUGAUGAUAUUAAAUCUUUCAUUUGUCCUGAAUACUUAGUGUUAAAUUAAUGGAUGGAAUUGGCAGUCUGAGUGAUUGACUUGGUGUGGAUUUCUCUGUUGUAUCAGUUCUGUGUGGAAGUUCCAAAAUGCAACAACCUUAAGUUGUACAUGUCAGAAUAUUUAUAUAUUUUUAAAUAAAGCUAAUAGUUAACGAGUUUUAAAAA